CGCGCAAGGCCCGUGAGCCGCCGCGGCCUCCCGUGGUAGCCGGGCCCGGGCAAGAGGAGCUGGGGCCUGGGGGGAAGCCGGGGACAGCCUCCGGGCAGCAGGGGUGGGGGGGACACCCCCGUAGCCUGCCGGGGUGGGGGAGUAGACCCUGCCCGCCGCCCCCCCCGCCCCGUCCGCAGCCGUGAGGGGACUCCCCGUUAGGCAGCCCCGCUCCCGGCGGGGGGGGGGGGGGAAUACGCCGCGGCCCCUCGCCGCCCCCGCUUGCCAGCCCUCUUCCCCGCAACUGGCGGGGGAGCUUAACACUUGCCCCCUUCCCCACUAACGAGCCAAGGGUGGGCAGAGGCCCGCUCCCGGCACCAAGCCCUGGUAACUGUCUAGAAGCAGGUCUGCUCUUCCUCACUGGGAAUAGAGCCUCCUGGAGCUCCCUCAGUACCUGUUUUGGGGAGAGGUGUCCUCAGAACCCGGUUUCUGAGGGUUGUGAGAGUAACCCUUGCCACCUACUCCUCCCUGCUACUGAGCAAAUUCUUUCCCCCAGCAGAGGAGACGGCCCUUCUCCAGACCGGAGAGUAACAGGGGAGUCUUCACAGAAGAAAUCCCGUAUGCCCAAGAGAGACAGUCCCCAAGACAGAAAUAAGCAGGAGCUCCAGAUACUUGUCUAGUAAUUUUAAUUAUUUACAUCUGCUCAGCAGGCAGCAGAGAAAGCAAAAUAAGGGAGAGAAAACAGAGGCAGAUUUAGAUAUUCUUCUUCCCUUUUCCAGUUGCUGUUAACCACUGGAGAUAAAGGUAAUUUCCAAUACUGACCUCAUCCUCCUUCAUCCCAAGGAAGAUCCCUCAUCUCCUAAUCCCAAGAGGGUUUUCUUCAGAUAUCCUGUGCAAGGAGAGAAGACACACCUCCCAUUUACAGGGAAAGGAAAAGGCAGAUUUCGCUGAUAAUAUCCACAGAGAUAGCAAGAAUUUUUUCAGAGAAGGAGAUUUGCCCACCCUUAAGGACAAGGUGCACCUAGAGGAAACAGAAGAGAGAUUUACAGGUAGGGAGAUUGGGGAAAUUGAUCUCUGAAAUAAUCUGACAAUCAGCGAAAAGGCUGUCUCCCAGGGGAACACCCCUUUAGUAGUUAGCUGCCAAAAGGGAGAGAGGAUCUCCAUCCUGGGAUAAAACCAGCAGUUUUAGGGGACUGACAAUCCCAAGCAGAUUGUUUUAAUACUCAAGAUCCUGAUUUCAUCCACAAUCCCUUCACCCUGAAAAUACUUCUUGAAGAAGCUCUUGGAAUAGCUGACAGCAAUGCUCUGAGGAUGGGUCUCAGAGAAGGAGUGUGAAGGGCAGCACCCCAGAAAUCAGCACUGAAGAUAAUCCACCUCCCUCCAGAAAAUCUUCCGGACAGAAUAGUCCUGCUUCCAGCAUCAUGGCCUCUGACCUGGAAAGCAGCCUCACUUCCAUAGACUGGCUCCCACAGCUUACUUUAAGGGCUACUAUUGAAAAAUUAGGGGGUUCCUCACAAGCAGGACCUCCAGGGGCUGCCCGAAAGUGUCCCCCAGGCUCACCGACAGAUCCCAAUGCCACCCUGAGUAAGGAUGAGGCUGCAGUGCACCAAGAUGGGAAGCCACGUUACAGCUAUGCCACUUUGAUCACAUAUGCCAUCAACUCAUCACCUGCCAAGAAGAUGACGCUUAGUGAGAUCUACCGUUGGAUCUGUGACAACUUUCCCUACUACAAAAAUGCUGGUAUUGGUUGGAAGAACUCUAUUCGUCAUAACCUCUCUCUGAAUAAAUGUUUUCGGAAGGUGCCUCGACCGAGAGAUGAUCCUGGGAAGGGCUCUUAUUGGACAAUAGAUACGUGUCCAGACAUAUCUCGCAAGAGGCGGCAUCCUCCAGAUGAUGACAUACCACAAGACUCCCCAGAGCAAGAGGCAAGUAAAAGUCCCCGAGGGGCUGUUCCAGUCAGCACAGAAGCCUCUUUGCCACCUGAGGCCACCCCUCAGCUGUCACUCCAGAGCACCACCCCUAUUGCCAACUACAGCCAGCAGGGUGCGGGGCCUGUGGAUGUUGCCUCUACUGUAGCAGGGGGGCAGGGCCGUGAAGGGGCCGAUGUGCCAACCCCACUGUACAGUGCCAACCAUGACUUCAAGUUCUCCUACUCUGAGAUCAACUUCCAGGAUCUUAGCUGGUCCUUCCGAAAUCUCUACAAAUCCAUGCUGGAGAAAUCAUCUUCCUCUCAGCACGGUUUCUCUUCUCUCCUUGGUGACAUGCAGCCCUCCAACCACAACUACUACAUGUACCAGCAGCAGCAGCAGCAAGGCCCCUCAUCAGUGGGUGCUGCUCCCCCACUCCACACUCCAACCCCAGAGGGUUGCCCAUCCCAAGGGGGAAAGCAGCAGGGUGGUGAAGGUUAUGGCCCUCCACCAGUGAUGUCCAUGCACCCACCCCCAAUGCAGCAUGGAGGCUACCACCAGCAUCAACAACAUCACCCGCACUCCCACCCACAGCAGCAGCCACAUCAGCACCAGCAGCAGCAGCAGUCACAGGCUUCAAUCAACAAUGCUGGCUUUGCAUUUCCCCCUGAUUGGUGCUCCAACAUUGAUUCCUUGAAGGAAAGCUUCAAGAUGGUAAACCGGCUGAACUGGUCUAGCAUUGAGCACUCCCAAUUCUCAGAGCUGAUGGAGAGUCUGCGCCAGGCUGAGCGGAAGAACUGGACGCUGGAUCAACACCAUAUUGCCAACCUCUGUGACUCCCUUAAUCACUUUCUUACCCAGACUGGUCAGCUCCCUCAUCUGCUUGGUCCACAGCAGCCCCCCCGAAUCUCUGAUUCUUGUGCCCUGAACAGUGGCAAACAGGAGCAAUCCAUGAACCAAGUGAACUCCUAUGGUCAGCCCCAGCCUCCCCAUCUCUUCUCCGGGCCAUCUCCUAUGUACCAGAUCUCCACCCAGGACUCUCCAGGAUAUAAUCGCCCAGCUCACCAUCUGGUCCCUCGGCCUCCAGGGCCGCCUCCAGGCGCCAAUGAGGAAAUCCCCGAUGAUUUCGACUGGGACUUGAUCACCUAGCGAGUUACAGACUUGAUAGCCCGUCCUUUGUGAAGGACGCGGGAGGGGAGGGGGACAUGGGGUCAAUGGUGCCAGCACCACCCUCCCCAGCCUCCCUGCCUUGCCUGUAUAUAGAUAUAUAUUCUCUAUCUCCGCCAGAGAAGCCACCGCAAGAUGCUGCCGAAGAUAAUCCUUCCUUGCGUCCUGUUUUAUCUUCUUUUUCUUCUUUUGUUUAUUAUUAUUAUUGUUAUUAUUAUUAUUAUUAUUAUUACCAAUAAUUGAGCACAGCCCUCCCCCUCCUCUGGUGGCCUCGGACGCAUCAGAUCGGCUCUUUCGUGUUGCGUGGCGCCCUGUGGAGGGCAGAAAGAUGGGUCCUUGGUGCCAUGAAAAGACCUCGGAAGGCUGAAUCCUCGAGUGCAUCUUUCUCUGCCUCCAUCAUUUUGCGUUUAACAAUCCCUCUUUCCCUUCAAGGUGGCCGGUGAAUCUGUCGUAUUGGCUACUGGAGUGAGAGAGCCUAGUGGACCCUGGGAGCCUGUAGUUAUGUUGUUUCGUAAAUGUUGUAAAGGUCAGGGGGCUAAAGGGACACUGGAGGGGUGAUCUUAGCUCUGUGAACUUUCUCACACCAGCAGGAAAAGCAAGAAAAGAAGCAGAGUUCCCAAGUACAAAGAGAGGGUAAUCCCUGAAGUAGGGAGAGCUGAGCUGAGCUGGGCUGGGCUGGGAGGGUAGACCUGAGUUCGGAGAAAGGAGAACGUAGCAGAGAUGGUAUUUCAGCAGAGAAGUUGGGUUUCAGAAUGCAGUGCCAUCUGUGAGGACUGAGAGAGAUUUUUUGAGGGAAUCCAGACCUGUUUCCUACACUGCCUUUUGCAGUCUCCAGGUGAAGCCUACAUACCCAUCAGGUAAAAGAAGCAGUCAGGGGUGUCACAUGUGAUUCAACAAAUUCUAUUCCCCAGAGCUUUUAAUUUCACCCCCCACCCCUUCAAGCCCUUCUUUAAAAUAUGUAGUGAGGCUCUUACUUGCAUAUGCAAAUUUGGAAGUUUUCUCCCAUCGGUAUUUGUUCAGUUGUUAUUUGGCCCUCUGCCCCUCCUAUUUCUUUGGAGACUGUCCUUGCCUGUGGUUUGAGAGUGCCAGCAACAGGAGUCGUGCUGCGUAGGUGCAAAGUCUUAGUCAGUGGUUCCCAGUUUGUGAAUGGGCUAACGGUGGGAAGAGGAAGCUGCUGCUCAGAGUGGAGGUGAACUGGGGGGCUUCUGGUCAAGGAACUGGGAGGCCCUCACAAGUGGUUUUUGUAAGAGGUGCAUUAGAAGGGAGAGGUGAAGCGGCGCAGAUUUUUAAACCGAACAGCCAAAGAGUGUAGUGUAAAAGGGAGGAGGGUGGGUCAGACCCCUUGCAGUUCAGCUGGGGAGGUGAUGGAAGCUAGUGUAAAUCCAAAGGAUGAGUUUUGUCAGCACUUGCAAAUCAGGAAGGUGGAAAGAGUGCAGGAGCAGGAGUGAGUGUUGAGAUGCCUCCUCCCCAAAGCUGUGUCCUGUGUUCCCCUUUUUUCUGGUAUGGCUCUGUUCUGUCAAACCUCUUGUUUCCUCUUAAUAUUUUGUAAAGCCUCCCCCUGGCCCUUAUUCCCCGUUUACCAGUGAAGGGAACCAAGAUGAAAUAAAACAUCAUGGCUGCGUGACAGACCUGGGGCAGGGGAGUAAUAACCUCUACUCUUGACGGCAGGAAGGUGGGGAACUAGCAUUGCUUUUUAAAUUUGCUGUAGGGAUAAACAAGUUGGAUCUUUGUCAGGGAAGUGGACAGAGUCUCAUUGUAUUGGGGAGGGGGGGACAUUUUUGUUUCUUUUUUUUUCUUUUUUUUUUCUUUUUAAAGUGUGUGGUUUUCGGGGGGGGGAGGGGAGAGUUCGUCAUUGAGUGUUUCCAAGAGAAAUGAGGAAUCCCAGACAACUUCAACAUGGAGUCAGCCGUUAUCUCUGCUGCCUCAGGAUGGGAAUGAUACAGCUUGGAAGCAUGCUUGAUGGGUUUCUGUGGAAAGUGGCACCAGAGACGCCCAUGAGGGACAACCUCUGGUAGGUGCCAGUUAGUGCUUUGCAGAGGAGGUUACUGAGAGCCGGCCCUGUGGAAGUCUGAAAACACCACUGGAAGAAAACCAAACCAAGAUGGCUCCUUCUGCGUAUCCAAGUGCUCCUCGUUUGCAUAUUUGCCUCAUUUGCGUAUUAAGUUGCGCCUCAUUUGCAUAUGUAAAUACAUGCCGGUCAGUGUGCAAAUUAGCCUCGUUCCUCUGCCCCUGAAAUAAAUGUGCGUUGUUAGUGCGUGGGAAGGCAUCGGGCGGAGGUCUGCGGGGUGCGCAGGUACCGGCCCGCAGGGAGGGAGGGAUGCCGGCCUGUCCCGCAGAGGGGUCCUGGGGGGCCCCUCCGGCGUGGUGUGGCCCCCCGUGCUUUGUGUCAGUGGUCAGGGAGAGAGGGGCGUGGUCUCACGAGUUUAUUUUUGUGCAUGCUUUCUUAAUAAAAAGAAAAAGUGAAUGUUUAUGGUUUAA